AUGGACGCAGUACCUGCACAGGAGCUUGAAGACCUCCGUCAGCCGCAGAUGAUGUGCUAUCAAUGCGAGCAGACGAAUGCAGGCAAGGGAUGCACGACCACCGGGGUAUGCAAGAAGUCACCCACCACCGCCGGGCUGCAAGACUUGCAAGUCCUUUACGCGCUGCGCCUGUGCCAGCUCGCUGCCGCUUUCGGCCCCGAGAACCCUUUUGAGGCCGACUGUCGCAGACUUAUCCUCGAGUCGAUGUUCGCCACGCUGACGAACGUGAACUUCGACAACGCGCGGUUUGAAGCCUACCUCCGGGAGUCUGCAGCCACGGUAGAGAAGAUGGAGAAGAAGCUUGCAGACCACCAUGGGCCUUACCGCAAGGAGACCGGCAAGGCCGUACCGCCGGCGCCUGUCGGCCUGCCGUCCGCGUUGCCAGGGGACAGCAAGGCACUGCUGGUGGCAGCAGCACCUGCAGGGCUACUGGCACGUUCCGCAAUCGUUGCCAACGAGGAUUUGUUUGGCAUCCUGGAGAUGUGCUGCUAUGGACUCAAAGGGGUCAUGGCGUACUUCUACCAUGCAGAGCAUCUCAAGGCUGGGGAUGCGGCCUACGGCGAGGAUGAGCGGAAGGAAGUCUACCAGGAGAUCUACCGCGUCGGGGCCUACCUUGCGGAAGCUGGGAGCUCCAAGGCCGCGCCGGAUGCGAUGAACACUGCCCUUGGCGAGGCACUGGCUCUCGGCGCCUUGAACUUGAAAGUGAUGAAGCUCUUGGAUGCUGGCCACAAUGUCGUGCUGGGCACACCCGAGCCGACUACGGUGAAGCAGGAGCCGCCCGAGGGACCUGCCAUCCUGGUCAGCGGCCACGACUUGGCGAUCUUAAGGAAGCUGCUAGAUCAGUGCAAGGGCCGGGGCGUCAACGUCUACACGCAUGGCGAGAUGCUUCCAGCGCAUUCCUACCCUCAACUGAAGAAGUACGCGGAAUUGAAAGGCCACUUCGGCACCCACUGGGGCAACCAGCAGAAGGAGUUUCGCUACUUCCCCGGAUCCAUCCUGAUGACAUCGAACUGCCUGAUGCCGCCCAUGGGCAAGUACAGGGACCGAAUUUGGACCACCGGUCCUGUGGGUUUCGAUGCCGUUCCCAACAUGGUCAGCGACGACUUCUCGGCGCUCAUCGAACAAGCCGUGAAGCAGUCGCCGGAGAUCAAGGUACCACGCUCUGGCGCCUUGCCGAACCGUGAGCUGCAGAUUGGCUUUGGGCACGCUGCAGUUUUGAGUGUGGCGGACAAGGUGGUCGCGGCCAUCAAAGGCGGACAGCUGAAGCACGUCUUCAUCAUCGGAGGUUGUGACGGAACCGAAGGUUCCCGCAGCUACUUCACGGACCUGGCGCACGACACUCCCGAUGACUCGAUCAUCCUAACGCUGGGCUGCGGCAAGUUCCGCCUGAACUCCCAUGACUAUGGCGACAUCGGAGGCAUCCCCCGUUUGUUGGACCUCGGUCAGUGCAACGACGCCUACGGCGCAGUGGUCAUUGCAACAAAGCUGGCCGAAGAUUCCGGAGUCGUCUGUGCCAUAUACAUCGUGUGGGUACGCAGGUGUGCCUGA